AUGGAGAUUAGCGACAUUAGUAAUGACAUGGUGUUGACACAACACAAAUUCACAAAAGAGCUUUUAAAGGACAGUGGCUUAACUAAGUUCAAAAGAGCUGUAACACCUUUACCCCUAAAUAUUAUGCUUUCUGCAUCAGAAGGAACUUUGUUGGAAGAUCCAACUUUGUUCAAAAGUAUAGUAAGGAAACUGAAUUUUCUUAUUAAAACAAGACCUGAUCUUUCCUAUACUGUUAAGACAUUGAGCCAGUUUAUGCAAUCACUUAGGACAUCUCAUUGGCAAGCUUUAACUCAUAUUCUGAAUUAUGUCCAUAACACAUGUGGGCAAGAAAUUAUACUAAAAGGAGAAGAUCAACUUACCCUACAAGCCUUCUCAGACUCAGACUGGAUAUCUAUAACUGGAUAUCUUCUUUUAUUAUGA